GUAAUAUUGCCAAGUUGACUGAUGUAACGUAUGAUGCUGCGGGACAGAUGACCAGUCCAGCUGGAAAGGGUAAUAUGGUUCGGGCUGCCCGAGGUCUUCUAUCAGCUAUUACCAGGGUCUUGUUGUUAGCUGACAAGAUUGUUAUCAAGCAGAUAUCAAAUUCUAGAAAUCGAGUUUGUAACAGCUUAGAGCGUAUCGAUAAGACCAGAAGUUUUACUGAAUUUGUUCAAUGCUUCAGUCAGUUUGGCAGGGAGAUGGUGGAACUAGCCCAUUUAACUGGGGAUAGACAGAUGGAUUUAAAAGAUGAGAGAGCUAAAGCCAAGAUGGCAUGCACCCGAUCGACCCUAGAGAAGUCUACCACAAUGCUGCUGACAUCAUGUAAGACGUGCCUUAGACAUCCAGAAUGUGAGCCAGCCAAGAAGACCCGUGAUUCGGUUUUCGUCAACAUGAGGAAAGCCCUUUCCAACGUGGAAGACAUCAUCUACGACAAGUAUGACAACAAGCGCAUCUCUUCUCACUCUUCCCCCAAUGGCAUUACAUCGUGGCCUAAUAUGCACAGUAUCAUGCAAGAGUUACAUGAUCUGGUGGAAACCUCCAAAGUAACCCUUGCGGAUGAACCGACAAGAACAAAGAUGCAGCUAGCCAUGGACCUGCUCGUCGACACAACCCAGGACUUCACAGACUCUGCCUACACUUCACAUGAACACAGAGAGAGGAUACUGACCCUAUGUGAACGGGCCCGGGCUAAUCUGACGGCUCUCAACGACCACGGGAGAACGAUAAUGCAUGACAAACAUCCAUCUGACCUACAGGAAGAUGAGCUUGAGGUUCUGGUGGUCAAGAUGGUCAAAUCUGUCUCAGAUCUAAAGAAACAGCUUCAACACACAGCCCUAGAUCAUGCAUCAGAAGUCUUCAAGGUUGGUGAUGACCAUAGUACCAUACAUAAACUAAAGGAAGUAGCCACUCAGGGGCAGGUCGAAGCCGUUCAACAGCUUACCAUUAGAUUCCAUGACUACGCUGAUCAAAUUAGAGAAGUUUGUAGAUUACUUGGCCAUGUGUCCAGACUAGCUCCACUGACCAUCAGUUGUGACCAUGCAGAGAAUAGUGUAGCCACACUGGACACGCAGCUAACAGGAGCCGCAAUCACUCUGGCAAUGAACCAUAAUAGUAAAAUAGCUCGAGAGAAUCUGGAUGUCUUUGCGGAUACCUGGGAAACUCAGAUUAGCGACCUUAGUACAUUAGUCAAGGAGGUCAACGACUGCUGCGUUGGCAAAACAAACAACAAACAAGUAUAUCUCUCUCUUCCUAGGCCAGGGAAACAUGGUACCACUGCCAAAGCUGCUAAACCGGUCAAGCUGGAUUCUCAGGAGCAAGCAAAGAUUGCAAAGGUCGGGUUAGAGGUCAAACUGCUGACCUCUGAGGUGGAUGCAGAGACCGAGAAAUGGGAGGACCAAGCCAAUGAUGUCGUGAAGAGGGCCAAGAACAUGUCAAGUAUGGCCUAUGCUAUGUAUAUGUUCACGAGAGGGGAGGGAUCACUCAAGACAACAUUAGAUCUCUUCAAGCAAGCAGAGUAUUUUGCUGAAGAGGGUAACAAGCUCUUCCGAUCAGUCCGUGAGUUUGCUGGUCAGGUUCCAGACUGUCAGCUUAGGAAUGAACUGAUGAUGUACUUAGAGCAGAUCCCAUCACACUGUCAGCAGCUCAACUUUACCACCAAGUCACCAUCAGCAGGCAAAGCCAGUACAUUCAAUAAGGUUGACUGUACGAUUCAAGAAACCAAGAGUCUACUUCUUUGUAUUGUUAGAAUAGUUCCUAUAUGUUACUCAUUAUCUUCAAAGUACAAUGUGUCCACCCCAAACUCCCCCAUCUCCCGAUGGAGAAAACCGCCCCAAAUGAUGGAUCUCCAUAGCAACAGCUCGGACAUGGAUUCGCCCCUCAGCCAAAGCUCUGGCUUCAUGAGUGACGGAUCCAUCAUGAGAGUGCAGAAGACACUCCACAAAAUGAACUCUUUUGAUAGACUUUAACAAAAGCCCCAUCAACGCAAACUCGCAGAGGGAGUAAUCAGUCAUUAAUGGAAGAGUCUUGCCAUUGGAACUGUAUUGGACACUCGUGUGAUUUUUAUCCAAGUGAAUGGAAUUCGUGAGCAUUUUUACCUACAUGUAUUACCAGUUCGUGAUCACCACGUCUCUAUUGUCACGUCUUACUAUGCAUACACCAGGUGUUGAUAUGUCAGGAUGAACCUCUGGAAAGCUAUUGUGGUGCUUCAGAGAGUUGUAUGUUUGUGAACUAUGCAUAGGGUUUGCACGUAUGUUGAGGGUGUACUACUGGGAAAAAACAAAUUGUCUUGGAGCCAUUAUUCCUUCAGGCACUGGAUAGACAAGAGCUGCACCCACCUAAUGUACCUUUUCCUUUUGUAAUUAAAAAUGUCCAGUAAUCAUCAAAUAUGAUUAAAACAUGAUUAGCAUUUUAUGAAUUUGACUUCUCAUAUGACCAUCCCAAUGAACUUGAGCAAAAAGCAGUAUUCAUUUUGAAUCAUGAAUAAUGUACUCUCUUAAAUUAUUGCUAAUGUGUUGGUGCUGUCUUUAGUGUUGGUUAUUAUCAUCAUGUGAUGAAUUCAAGAUUAAGUGGCAUUCUUUGCCGUAUUAAUCUUCUAUCAUUUUUUGGGAUUACUGAAAAUAAUUUAAUUUAAAUAUCAAGCAUUUGUUUUCUCUGUGGGGGUUAUUUUUAUUCAAUGAUCAUGGAGGUAAUAAAAAUAGUACUGAUAAUACUUAAAAGAUUUUAAUGUUAAUAUUUAUGAUCAUGUCCACUUGCAUAGUAAUUGUAUCUUUUUCAUGUUGUAUGCUCCGAGUUCUUAGAUAUUUUUAACCCAAUUAACGUUUCAAGUGACAUUCAAUGAAAUAUAAAACACAAUCAGAUGAAAUAUAAAAUCAAUAUUUUCUUAUAUUUGAUAAAUUUCUGUUAUGUGCAAUCAAUCAUGACUUUCAUGACAACCAAAAUGAGAAGCCAAUUGAAGCCAUAAUCUUCCCUAAUCUACUUUCAAGUACAAUCAUGUAAGUCAAUUUAGAAUCAAUUCAUGCUUAAACUUUUAAAGGAAACUUUUGCGAUAAUAUGCAAGGGAUACAUGGCUUUAAACUAUCUUUCUACCUUUCUGUUUCUGUAAAUCAAUUUCAAAGCAUAUUUUCAGUAAAUGUAUAACUUUGCUUUGGUGGUUUAUUUUUUCAAACUAGUAUGCUUGUGUAUUACAUUGAUAGGUACUAAGUGAUUUCCAUUUUUGAGCGAUUGUUCUUCAUUCUAGUUUUAAGCCGUAAGUGAUGAACAUUGUACAAUGGUUUUACGAGAACAGAUUGUCAUUUAAUGCAAUCCCUCUGCAUGGAAUAGUAAUACUAAGUUUUUCUUUCUGUAUUUGGAUUUUAUUUCCACCUUUCCAUCUCUUCUUUCUCCUUGUACUGGUAUUUGUAUUUUUUUAAAUAAUUUCUAUGUCUCAUUUCUUUUUCUUCUCCACCCCAUUCUUUGUUUCUCUUUAUUUUUCUCCUACAUCUGGUGCUUAUUUUCUUCUAUUUUUCUUUUCUUCUGGUUUUUUUUUUCUUUUGUAUGUUCGUUAAUAGUGCGACAAAGAUACACAUGUGGUACUCUUUGAUAGAAAUUGUGUACAAAAUUUUGUUGAGCAAAUACUGUUGUUUUUCAUCAGAAGCCUGUAAUUUCCAAAAUGAGAUGUACAGAUAUUAUAUGCAUUUUGUUGAAUUACCGACUUUAUCCUAUAGCUUUCAACAACUCAAAUUAUGACGUUAAUUAUGGCAGUUCUGCAAGUACAGUUUUAGAAACAAUUUUACCUGGAUUUUAUCAUUGUCAUAUCUGUCGCAAAUUCACUGUUUUCAUCUGUACAUUUCAAAUUUAACUUAUUUAUUGAGAUAUAUAUAAGAGAGUUAUAUUGUGAGUGGCCUUAGUGUGAAAAUGGGCCGGAUAUGGCUAAGCAGGUGGUGUUUUAGUGGAAAAAUGGAAAUAUUUUGUGUUUGUUCUUGUAAAGUUCUCUCCAUGAACAGUUCACAAAGAGCUUUCAAAACCGUGUACGUGGAGCAGUGGACACUGAAGAAUGACUGUGCAGUGUGUGGUAAUUCUUGUGAUGCCAUUUUUGUCUUGCCUGCACAUCAUAUUCAUAAGUAAGACAUAGACGCUGCUUUCCGACAACUGUGACCUCUGCCUCAACACAAAUUUUAACCUGAAGUUAAGUUUUUAAAAUAUAAUUAAUUAAAUAAAAGGCUGUAUUUCAUAAAACUUGGACAUCAAAUUCCUUGACCUGAACUUCAUUGAGCCAAGUAAUAAAAUGCCAUUCCUGGUCCAACUUUGGCUAUGCUAUAUCAAAAACAUAAAACCUUAACCAAGGCUUACUAACCAAGAUUGUCAAUUUCCAGCAUUAUUUUGAAAUUAUGUGAUCUUUGUCAAUUUAACAUCCUGCUUGUGUCACUGGGUCAAAUAGAAAUGUAAUUGAAGUUAAGAAUAUUGACAGACCCUUCAAUGUCACAAAACAAACACUGCUACAGUGUUGAAUCAUGUUAGGCAGGCGAGACUAGCAGUGCUACUCCACUUGUCUUACCCUUGCCAUCUUCAUUUUGAAAGCUCCUUUAGUCAUGUACAUGUAUUGAUUACAAUCAUCAUACUUGUAAUAAAUGAAGAACUGCAUGUGGUGUCCAAAAAUAAUAUAUGUAAACCUUUAAUUCUUUGCUCUGAGUGGCAAAUUUGGCCAAAGUACUGGACUGAUAAGCAAUGCACCUUUUAAUUCCAGUCUUUAUUACUUUUGGACAUCCCAAUUGGACUUAUGUUUAGCCCAGUAUUUCCGCUCUUUUGUCCUUUCACGUGAAUAGUGCAUAUAUAUGAUAUGAUAUUAUUUUUUGUAAGCUGCUUAUAGUGCAUUGCCCUUGUAAUGUUACAACAUGUUUGUAUGCUAUUUUGUGUUUAUAGUUAAGAUUGUUAACUACUUCUGCUAUCUAUAUCAACAUUAGUAGAUGUGCAUUGCUCCACUCUCAUGUGUCAAAGAGUCCAUGUUUGAAGUAUUAAAAGCUUGUAGACAUAUGUGUAUAUUUAGUGUAUUGUUUCAUUUAUCAAGAAAAUGAAGAGAAUGUAGUGACUUCCAUGCAUAUAUCUGAUUGCAUAUAUCUGAUAAAACCAAAGACUUCUGAUAAAUUAAGAUGAAUUUUGAAUAAUAUCAUGAAGCAUUACUUUCACUUUUUUGUGUUGUACAUUACUACAAUAGUUUGCAUUUCAUUAUUUUGUUUUCAAUGCAAAAAGUACCUGGUAACAUUUUAUUUACAAUGCUACACUAUUUCUUACAUAUGUACUUCAGCUGCAGAUGGAAUUGUCAUUUAUAGUUAGAGAGUAAGGAUAUUAUUUUUUUCAUCCGAGAAUUUUGAGAAAAAACGUCAAGAAGUUAGUCUUUAGAAUAUCUAUAUGUACAGUGGUGCUCAAAAGUGAGUGAACUCCCCCAGAAAAUGAACAUGUUUAGAUUUUUCAAUUGUGAAGUCAGGUGAUAAAAUAUUACAUUCAAUAAAAUUUGCUUCUCUGGGCUUGUCGAACAUUUCAGUGUCUACACUUAACACUCAGCAUGAAGGAGUGUAUUUUGUGGUGGGGUUCACUAACUUUUUAGCACCUCUGUGUAUAUAUAUAUAUAUGUAGACAGAGAGAAAGAAAAAUUUACGGUGUUUGUUUUCUGUCUUGUUUAAUUUUUGCAAGGGAAGUUUAAUUGAAGAAUGUGUUGCAUUUAACAAUACCAACUUAAGGGAAAUAUUGUAACCAUUUAUUGAGAGAGAAAAGGGCAAAGAAAUAAUGUACAAUUUCCUGAAGAAAAUCAAAAUAUGCAAAUCAGAUGGCCCUGUAAUGCAAUUUGUACUUUUCUAAAAUGUAUCUACUUUAAUUUAUAUGUAAAGCACAGCAAAUACCUCAGAUACAUACUGUAUGUUUAUAUUUUUAUGUUAUUCAUUAUUUUUAUUCUAAUUUUCUUAUAGUUCCCUUGAUACUGCCUAAGCCCUGGUAUUCGUAUAUCAUACAAAGAUGUGUUUUAAAAAAAAAAUUAAAUAAGCCCCUGUGGACCUUCCUUAUUAUUACUGAAUCUGGACUUAUGAUUUGAUUUUCAGUGUCACCAGCACUUUUCUUUGUACAAUCAUUUGUUUUGACAAUCUAUGCCAAACAUUUAUUUGAAUGAUAUUUUUUGUUUUACACUCUGCAAUCAAGUCAGUGUUCCAUCUUACUACAAGUAUGUAUUAUGGAAGCUAGAGUUAUAUUACAAAGUAGAUUAUGAUUCCAGACUCUUUUGGUGAUUAUUGAUUAUUUUGGUGCCAAGCUGGUCCCCAAAAGUCAGUAACAUAAUAUACGUCCUUCUGUUUAUCAACCCUCAGUGUCUUUUACCUAUUUUUUUCGGAGGAAUUGCUAUAUAUACUAUUUAUAAUUCUUUUUUCUUUUCAAGUGAUUGAAAAGAAAACAGACAGGCAUAUGAUGCACCCCAGUAUACAUGUUUUCGACAAGUGUUUGUGUUUAAAUACAGUGUCACGGUUCUGUGACUUUUGCUCCAAUGGAAAAUCUGCAUGAUAAGCCAAAUUUAAACCCUAAUCUUCCAAACUAAAUAAACCCCAUUUCUUGUAUUCACAAUAUUUUGAAUUAAACACUCCUACAAUCCUAACUCUAACCCUAUGCCCUCUAUGUGAAGACCGGAGCAAAUGUCGCAGGAGCAUAUGUUGUGUCACCUUAUAUACACCUGUACAGGUUCAUUUUUUUAUCUUAAGAAUUAGACUAGAAUGAAUUUGCAAUGCAAAAUAGAUUUGAUAAUUAAUGCUGUGUCCAAGUUCCAGAGUAAAUUUAGUUUGAUUGAUACUGAAUUAACUCAUAAAAUAUCAUUCCUCCUUAACUGCAUUAUAUCUUUCAUUAUGUCCAAACAUAAGUCUUGAUAUAUAUAUAUAUAUUUUUCCAGACUGAUAAUAUCACUGAAGGUGUGAUUUCAUCAAGAUAAUUCUUUCCUUUAUUUUUGGCCGAUUGGGUGGUUGUGUUUUCUAUUGCUGGACAAAAUUGGUGUGAAUUUCUUGCUGUGAAAUGUACUAUGUUUGUCACUAGCCCUCACCAAUGAUGAAAAUACCUGAUUAAUGAAUAGAUGACAGAAGAAUGUUCCAUUACUCUAACUUUGUUGUAAGUGGUUACCCCCCCUCCCCCCAAUACAUGAUAAAUCGUAUAUUGUGUCUUAAAAUUGUGGAUGUAUACCUUUCAAGACCUUUGAAGUCACUAUGAGAGGACGGUCUUUGAAGUCAAUAUGAGAGGAAGGUCUUUGAAGAUGAAAAUUCAGUCAAUAUCUUUCUGGUUGGCUAAGGGUAGUUCAUGAAUGGACGUUUCUUUGUUGAAGUUGUGUGUACGACAAUCAGACAUGUUUGUACUUGCUUGUACCAAUGAUAUAUUUGAUGUGUGACAAUGCCUAUAUUGACAAAAAGUGAAUGAAUUGGACUCCUAUGUACAAUUUCAAAAAUAAAUGUACCAUUUCUAUCAAAAAUGCA